AUGACGAAUACGAUGAUGAACGACCACACAAACGAUCAGCAUCUCGUAGCCCUCUCAAUGUCAAGAUCACGUUCACGUCGCUCAAGCUCCCCGCCCUCUUCCCGGCGACAUCAACACAAGAAACCCACUUCGCUUCAUUAUGCACCUACGCUCAUUUUGCGCGGCCAUAAGAAGGCCGUCUCCUGCAUCAAGUUCUCCCCCGACGGACGUUACAUCGCCUCUGCAUCCGCCGAUUGCACAAUCAAGAUAUGGGAUGCCAUAACAGGCGCUCUCGAACACACGCUCGAAGGCCACCUCGCCGGAAUCAGCACAAUAUCCUGGUCUCCCGACUCGAAGAUCUUGGCGAGCGGCUCAGACGACAAGAGCAUACGGCUCUGGGAUCCACAUACCGGGCUCGCACAUCCAACGCCAUUCAUUGGACACCAUAAUUAUGUCUACAGCAUAGCCUUCAGUCCCAAGGGCAAUAUGCUUGUCUCUGGGUCCUACGAUGAAGCAGUCUACCUUUGGGACGUACGCGCCGCUAGAGUAAUGCGCUCCCUACCCGCUCACAGCGACCCAGUCGGUGGCGUCGACUUUGUCCGCGACGGCACCUUGAUUGUUUCCUGCUCACACGACGGCCUAAUCCGUGUCUGGGACACAGCCACAGGCCAAUGUCUACGCACCCUCGUCCACGAAGACAAUGCCUCCGUCUCCUCGGUCGUCUUUAGUCCCAACGGAAAGUACGUCUUGGCCUGGACCUUAGACUCCUGCAUGCGGCUAUGGAACUACAUUGAUGGAAAGGGCAAAUGCGUCAAGACAUAUCAAGGACAUGUGAACAAGAGCUACUCACUGUCCGGUGCUUUUGGCACGUAUGGCGAUGUUCCAGGACAGAAGCACGCUUUCAUAGCGUCGGGAAGUGAGGACAAUCAGGUCGUGAUAUGGGAUUCAGGCUGUGGAGACCGAAAGAGCCCAAGGUAA